ACUCACUCUAGUCCGGCAACUCCAGUGACUAGUAUACUUGCAUCAUUCAUACUACACAACCUUACUGCAUCAGUUAAACAGUUAUAUAAAUGAUGACAAGGAAAAUGUUAAAUUGAAAGCCGUAGUUUCUCUCUACACAUUAACUGUUGAAUUCUGUGAAACGUUAACGUUCUCUUGGUCCGGUAUAGUUAAAUAAUGAUAUAGAAGUUUUUGUAUGAAUGCCAGAAUAUGAAAAUUUUAACUUUCACCAUCAUUUUUUGGAGUUUUGAGUGGAAGGUAGAGUGUGGAUUAUAUGAAUCUGAUUCUGAAGUUAUCUCUCUAAAUGCUACAACAUUUACAGAUGCAAUUACAAGUCGACCUCAUGCUUGGAUAGUAGAAUUUUAUGCUAGCUGGUGUGGACACUGCCAGGAGUUCGCUCAACCUUAUAAACAAUUUAGCAAUGAUAUUGCUUUUUGGGGAGACAUACUCAGGGUUGGAGCCAUUGAUUGCGCAGACCCAGCAAAUGAGGAUACAUGUUCAAAGUAUGAAGUCAAGGGGUACCCAACAGUUAAAUAUUUUCCUCCCUACGCUACGGAGCAAGAUCUUGGAAUACUCAGAGAGUCCUAUGAGAAAAGUGUUGCUUCGUUAAAAUAUGAUUCAAUCGAUUUCAUUGAAUCUGUGCCAUCUUUCAACAAUUCUUUGUGGCCCGUUUUCCAACCAAUCACAGAAUAUAACGAGCUAACUGAUUGGUCUCAAGUUUCUGAAGACAGGGAAUUAUUCAUCAUCUUUGAAGACGAGUCUUCAUAUGCAGGUCGUGAGGUUCUUAUGGAUAUUCGCCAGGCAUUCCAGGGAGCUGAAAAUGUUGCUAGAAUUGUAAUUUCGGAAAAUUCGACGUCAGCCCUCAAAUUAGAAAUAAGUGAAUUUCCUGCACUUGGAUUUAUCGCGGAGGCAUCUAAUGAGCUGAACGUAUUGAAACAAGGGAUAUCAGCUGAUGAGAUUGAGAGCUUGAUUUAUGAUCAUUACAAUCCUGGAUCUGUCCAUCCAACUAGAAUAACGGGAAGUGUGAUUAAUCCUUUUCAAAAGGAUAAACAAGACUUGACGAAAUAUUCAUUUGACGACAACAAAAAUAAACUUACUGUAAGCUUAGCAGAUCUGGAAAAAACUGUUGUCUACGCUCUACUUCAUGAAGUUCCCAUGAAAGGAGAAAUAAGUGGUGAAAGGUUUAUCGCACUAAAGGAUUUUGUACAAAUUCUGGUUGAUUUCUUUCCCCAGACCUCAGUACUUUAUCCAAUUCUAGAGCAGCUCACAUUCCUUCAAGAAUCAAAAGUUUUAGAGAAUCUGCGAACUCUAGUUGGAAGCUGGGAUGGAUUUUAUGAGAGAGCCUCAUGGAAAUCAUGUAAAGGAUCUGAACCACAGUUUCGAGGAUACCCCUGUGGACAAUGGAUGCUGUGGCACAGUUUAACUGUAGCACAAUAUUUGGAAGACUGGGGUUCACCUGAUCUUGUACUCAGAGCUAUGUUACAGUACAUUAAACAUUUCUUUAGUUGUACUGAGUGCAGUAGACAUUUUGUUAAUAUGACUGCGGAUGGGAACGAAUUCAAUCAACUCGCAACAUAUCAGGAUGCGAUUAUUUAUCUAUGGGAGAAGCAUAAUAGCGUUAACGAAAGAUUGAAGAAUCAAGCCACAGAGGACCCUCAUUUUUCAAAAGAAGUGUUUCCGUCUAUCGAGUCCUGUCCCCUCUGUUAUAACAAAAAUGGAUCAUUCUCACUCAGUGAUGUUCGAACUUUUCUUGUGAAUAUGUAUGGAGAUUUAAACGUCGAAAACCCCACAUCCAGUGGAGUGAACCUUUAUUUCAGGAAUCAACUAUUGUUAUGGUUCAUGUAUUGGAUUUUGUAAACAAUUUCUAAAUCAUUUUUUACAUAAUCUGAAUCUGAUCUCUUCAUUUUUUUUGGAAAUAUGUUUUAACUUGUCGAACCCUCAAAAUUUAUUUAUUUUUUCAAAAAAAAGCCAGAAUUCCGGGGUAAAGCGCAUUAAGUUUGUAUUGUCUGUUUUCAUGCAUAAA